AUGGCUGUCGAGACUGCUCCCACUUCCUCGCCUGUCCCCAUCGCGGACCUCACCAAGAUUGCCUCCGAGGCAUGUGACUCCGCACUGGCCGGUGUCGAAGGCUACGAGCACACUAAGGUCGGCGAAUGGAACUCUCAGAUCAUUAACACCAUCCUCAAAGCCCUCAUCGCCGCGACCGCUCCCUCUACCCCCUCGACGGCAGCCCCCUACCGGUUCACCGUGAACAGCACCAUCGUGCAACAAGGUCUGAUCGACAAGUCUGCGGCCGCAGAGGGCGCCGCCAGCAACACCGGCAAGCGCGGGAUGCACUCCGCCUCCGGCGCGUUCUGGGACGUCAACCGUGAUGGAAUGUGGACAUUCAAGUACCCCGGUGCUGACGAGCGGGGUUUGGAUGUCGUCGUGAGUGUAACGUGGUUCGCCGUCAACUAAAUCUAAGCACCUCCACUUGUCCGGGGUUAUUAAAGAUAAAAGAAUUCUUGACCUGAUUGGUGGUUUGAUUGGUUCUUAAAGACGCAUGGUGGUAAUUUUACGAUUUAUUUUCUCCCUCUAUCAUUUUAGUAUCAUCGUUUUUUGGUCUCCGUUUGCUUUGGGAGCAAGGUGCAACGAGCAGAAUCAUUUGUGGGUAUGAUAUUUUUCUCGGGUGA